AUUUUUCAGGUUGUAGACUCUGCCCAGCACUCAUUAUAGAGGGAGGUGAAUUCCAGUUUCGUUUCCUGAAUAAAUGACACGUCACUUCUCUGCAAACAGCAAUAUACUUUGUAACUGCUCACUCUGUGAGAAGAGCAAUAAUGGACGAGGACACAUGGAAAUCAAUAUUUGAGAAUGAUUUAGUAAGCAGAGGUGUCUCCGAUGUGUGGAACUUCUCUGUGGAUGAACAUUACCAGGAACGGAUGGGCUGGCUGCAGUAUGUACAAUGUUGUUAUGCCAGGUUUCGUUGCUCAAUCUGUGGUCGCUCCUGGGGUUCUUCAAAGGUUCACAUUUUUUUUCACAUGAGCCUGAAAAGACGAACCGGGGAGGUGAGGAUGUAUGUUUGCAAGCAAAAGUGCAAAAAGUGCACAGCUGCCAUGUAUGAGGAGCCUACUUUCCUGGUAGAGAACAUUGAGAUAGCUAUAGGCAAUUUGGUUAAUAAAAUAACCCAGAAAUUCUACAACUUGCCUAUAGACAAUUUGCCACGGAACUUUGUGACAGAUGGCAUGCAGGAUGGUCCUCAUGACUACAUCAACUGCGAGGGCUGUGCAUUGGGGAUUUGUAAAUACUACACAGACAUCCAAUAUUCCGACAAACGUACAUUUUUACCGAAGACAAUCAAUCAAGGAAGUAAACAGAAGAAGAAAAGAUUUCCUCGCUCUAACAUUAACUCUCGUCAUCAAGGUUCAUUGCAAUAUCUGGGCUCGGGAUUUUUGGAUGGAGGAGAAACUGGAGGGGAACAGAUCCCAUGGUGGAUUGUACUUUUGAUUUUACUAGUGAUUUUAUGGUUGACUUCACAUAAUUGAUAUACCAUCAGAUGAGCAAAGUGACUCAUCAGAACCCUGUUGUAUAAUACUGUAAAGAAACAUAAUUGCAUAGUAAUAAAAUCCCACACUCCAAAGA